AUGGCCAAUCGGUCGGAAACCUUUGAGUUUGUCCUCCUUUGCUUUCCAGGGCUCCAUCAGAAGUUCCAGAUCUUGGUUUCCAUAACAAUGUUCAUUGUCUAUAUCAGUACAUUGUCCGCAAAUGGUAUUGUCGUGGGGCUGAUUAUUUUGAAGGAACAUCUCCACCAACCCAUGUACAUGUUCAUUGGGAACCUUGCCCUUUCUGACCUUCUGUUUGACACCAUUACAUUGCCCAAAAUCAUUGCCAGUUAUUGGUCUGGAGAUGGGAACAUCUCAUUCUUUGGGUGCUUCUCUCAGCUUUUCUUUGUCCAUUAUUUGGCUUCCGUAGACAUCUUCAUCAUAACGCUGAUGGCUGCUGAUCGUUACAUUGCUAUUUGUGAACCAUUCAGAUACGCCACCAUAGUCAGUCAGAAAGUUACAACCAUUUUCUGCUGUGCAUUCUGGGUAUUAUGCACCUUACCUUCGGCCUAUGCAACCCUCAUGGCCCUGAAUGCGUCUUACUGUGGCAGGAAUAACAUUUACAACUGUUUUUGUUACAGCAAUGUUGUCUACGAGUUAGCUUGCUCCGAUGUCUUCUCUGUCCGCCGGAACCUUCUAAUUAUCUCCAUGUCUAUUCUCUUUGUUCCCUUGGCCUUCAUUAUAUUGUCGUACAUCAUCAUCAUCAAGAUAAUCUGCACCUCAACCUCCUCUGAUAAUUGGUCUAAGGCCUUCUACACUUGCACCACGCACUUGUUUGUUAUCGCUUUGUACUUUAUCCCACGGGUCAUCAUAUACACGUCCAAUUGGGUCAAGUUAAACCUUAACGUCGACGUAAGAAUCUUAAUUCUAUGCCUGUACUCAUACACACCCCAUCUCGUCAAUCCUGUGAUCUAUUGUCUCAGAACAAAGGAGAUCAAAUCGACUCUUGAAAAAAUGCUUAGGAUGAAGUUCAAAUUGAACAACUAA